CCGCAGUUGGUGCGGCCCGGGACAGCAUGGCGGCUGCCUUUCGGCCUGCGAAGGAAGUUCUGCUGCUGCAGGCGCUGCGGAAUCUGGUGUAUACCAGGGUGGGAGGCUCAGGCUCCGCAUGCUGCCGCUGCCCUGUCGGAGCUAAAAGAUAUCUACUUACAGAUAAUAUUGUGAAAUUAAAAGAAUUUCAGCAUAAGAAGGUGGCUGUUGGAUGUAAUCUUCCUGGUACCAAAGAAACCUAUUUGAGAAACUUGGAAGAGAAACUGACCCAGAACAAGCUCAUCUUGAAAGAGGAGUUGAGAACCUUGCUUCAUUUGUGUGAGUCCCGAGACGAUAUGGAGCUGGCUAAAAAUGUCAUUUACAGGUACCAUGCAGAGAACAGGAAUAUCACUUUGGGAGAGUAUAAAUUUGGACCACUUUUCAUGAGGUUGUGCUACGAGCUGGAUCUUGAGGAAUCUGCAGUGGAGCUCAUCAGAGACCAGCAUUUACGAGGUUUCUUCUCAGAUUCCACAUCAUUCAAUAUUUUGAUGGAUAUGUUAUUUAUCAAAGGCAAAUAUAAAAGUGCACUGGAAGUCCUGAUAGAGAUGGAAAACCAAGAUGUGAAGUUCAGCAAAGAUACCUAUGUCCUUGCUUUUGCAAUUUGCUACAAACUGAAUAGCCCUGAAUCUUUUAAAAUCUGUACUACAUUAAGAGAAGAAGCCCUGAUCAAAGGAGUAGUCCUCUCCAGGAGGGCGUCCUGUUUUGCAGUGGCACUAGCGCUGAACCAGAACCAGCUGGCAAAAGCUGUAUCCAUUUUUUCUCAGAUCAUGAAGCCAGAAAGUAUAAUCUGCACUAAUUUAAAUAUUAUGAUCCAUAUUGAGUCAAAUAUGUUGAAAACCCUAAUAGAGAUACUAACGGAUGCUACAGAGGGAAAUUUAUCAAGAUUUGUGAAGAAACCUGUGUUCUCAGAGGAAGUGCUGGUCAAAGUGAGGGAAAAAGUGAAGGAUGUGCCUGCUCUUCUGGUGAACUUUGAUGAGCUCUACAGGAAACUGCACAUGAAUGGCCAGGUCACUACUUACACUCUGGAUGCUCUGCUCUGCCACACUCCCAGGGACAGAAAAUCCCACAUGGUGCUAUUAAACAAGAGGACAGUCAGCCGUCGGACCUUCCAGCCACUCAGCCAGUCCCUGUGGGCUGAGUAACGCUGGGUUCAAACCACCCACUGGUCUAAGUCGGAGGGGCCCUGCUUCUAAUGAGUUUUGGCUUCCUAAGAAAUCAGGCAUCGUACUCCUGUGGACACUAUACUACUACCUAACACUCUCCUCCUUAAAUUUCCAUGUUCACUGAGUAGCUGGCAUGCUGACUUGAGAAGUUAAUAUCUUGUGCCACUGUGAAAAUCGAGACACCAGCAAGCAGAAAGCUCGGCUCCUGAAGAAAGGGGGUUUCCCCAUGUAAACUGCUGAGGAUCCUUGAAGAAACAGUCAUGGCCACCAGUCCAGCUUCCAGGACCAGAGCAGAACCCAAGAAGCACAAGCAGGAAGGAAUUUCACAAUAAGUGAUCAACUCAGACUAAUAUUCGGGGGAGUAGUUACUUGCAGAUUAUACCCUUGCUGAAUUCAGGAGGUCUAAGACCCUGUUCUACCGUCCUGGGAAAGAACCCAGGAUUUUCUCACUGCUUCUGUCAUCAUUUACCUGUAACAGUAAACUAGGUACUUGAGCUUUCAUUUUUCCAUCUGUAAAAUAAUAGUACCUGUGUGAAUCUGCAUACUGGUUUGAAAUUUUCAUUCAGGGUUCAGUAGGAUCAAGAAUAAGAGAAAUGAAAUGGUUCCUCAGGAAACUUUUUGUUUUCUCAGCAGAGCAAACAAAACCAGAAUUUAACUCAGAACUGAUAAAUAAGCCAAAUUUAAAUGACUACCACUCUGGUCACGGGUAAACCAUGUGCUUUUCAAAAUAAAUGCUGAUAAAAAC